AUGGAUAGCUCACCAUUCCAAGCAACAGGGUCAAGGCCAAUCCGACCCAGCAACAUCAACAUCAACACACGCCUUGGCAGCACUGGAGACGAUUCGUUCUAUUCCAGUCCACAACGGAUAUCCGAUCUCCUCUCGUCCUCUGUCAACUCCUCGCCUUGCUCUUUCAUCUCUGCAACCUCGACCGGCGAGAACAAUAAUAAUAACAACAUCGAGGUCAGGGGCGCCUCCUUUACGCUACUCAAGGACACGGACAAGAGCAAGGACAAGGGCAAGGACAAGGGCAAGGACAACACCAAUAUCCUCAGGGAGACAAGGCGUACUUUGAUGAUCGUCUUCAUGACCUCUGUCAUCCGGGACCUGAUCACACUCAACAAGAACAACAUCAACAACAGCAGCAGACGACUGUAUCGGACCGUCUCGAUGACUGUCGCAUCACUUGAUCUCGCCUCAGCUCUGGCCAAGGACCCUGUCGUCGUCGCCCAUCCUGAAGUAGCAUCGACUUCUAUUUCUACCAUCACCAUUAUCACUCCCACCACCGCAACAACCGCUGCUGUCACUUCCGAGAUGCCUUUGACUAUGGAUGACAAGGAGGACAGUGACCCCAAUGCUGCUGCUGCUACAGCAGACUGGACUACCACCCUCUCACCGCCAAUGUCCUUAAAUAACAACAGCAUGGACAUCCACAAGACGACCUUGACGACAGCCCCUGUUGUCCUUUCUUCUGUCUCUCUCCCAUCUGUCGUUGAUUCUGCUGCUUUUCCAGGAACAUCCUCAACCUCGCCACUUGUCUCUCAAUCUCGACACUUUUCUGCAGCCCCUGCAGCAACAACUGGACCAUUCUCAUCCUCAUCGACAACAGAAGCAGGAAGAUCAAGCACAGGAACAACUCAACCCACCUUCCAAGCCUUUUCGUCAACUACAAAUCAGGGCUUAUCGUCGUACUCGUCUUCAUCUGGGCUUUCGUUAUCGCGCGAUACUUGUAACCUCCUCCCUGGGCUCCAUUCUAUGCACCAGCACCAGUUAUUUCAUCACCUUGCUCUUCAACAACAACAGUACGACAACGACACCGAUAGCGCAAUCGACGCUGCAGAAGCAUCCUCGUCAAGCGCAGCCUUCCAUUCAGGUCUGAACGAUACCUUUGUCGACGUAGACACCCCAUCACCCACAUCCUCCGUCCCUGGUUCUCCUUCCCACAUGAAGUUCGGCAACCGUUGCAACGAUAAUAACAACCAGGGCAUCAUGUCCUCCACCCCGGAUGGCACCUCCUCCUCCGCUUCGCCGUCCGCCUUCCACUCACCCUCAAACUCGAUCACAUGGACAUCUCCCUCCAGAACUCAACAGCACCACCACAAGUCAUCUUCGCCCAUGACGACAGUAUCGCAGCAGUUUGCGUCCCUUGCAGAGUUCAAUCGCAACAAGGGCAAAGGGAUUGCCAGAGGAUUCCAUCGAUCAUCCAAGGAGGAACGGCGUCGUCUGCAGCAGGCGCAACAGAUCCAACCAUGGAAGGCGACGAUGGAUGGACUCCCGCGAGAAAUCAAGAUCCAUAUUUUUCGAUACUUGUCGACCUUCCAACUCGUCCGCGUCUCACGAGUAAGUCGGUCGUGGAGGAGUAUUGCGAUGGAUGGGUCGCUGUGGAAGGUGAUUGACACGACGCGGUUCUACAAUAUCAUCAAAGAUGACCAGCUGCGCGUCCUUGGUACCGCUGCGUCUGGCUUCCUGCGCUACGCCAACUUCAGGGGCUGCGUACAAUUAUCGGGAGAAUCGUUGAGAGCGAUCGCAGAGCACUGCCCAAACGUCGAACGUCUCGACCUAACAGGCUGCCGCUCCGUCUCCUCAAAAUCCAUCGCCGACGUCUGUAUGAACAUGCCCCUCCUCCUCCACCUCGAGCUCGCAGGUCUCCAAUCCGUCAACAACUAUACCCUCCAGGCCAUGGCUGUCUACUGUCGGUCCCUCCAAGUCCUCAACCUCGCCUGGUGUAAGCAGAUCUCUGGGUUCGGGUUGUCGAACCUGACCAGGAGCUGUCAGGAUUUGAGGAAGCUGAAUGUUUCUGGGUGUGGGGGGUUGGAGGAUCGGUGGAUGCCCGUGAUGGGGAUGAAUCUGCCGAGGUUGAGAGAAAUUUGUUUGAAUGGGUGUGGGUCUUUGACGGAUAGAGGGUUGAUUGGGUUGUUGUCGGGUUUGUCAGUGGCGUCGAGUCGGAAGCAUAGGAAGUGGAGGAUGAGGAAGCGGAUGGCUACCUCGGUGAGGGUUUCGAGUUUGGGGCAUUUGUUGGUUAAUCAGAGUUCGAGUUGUGGGGAUGAUGAUGGUGGGGAUGAGGAUGAAGAUGAGGAUGAUGAACGGGGUCGGGCGAAGAGGGAGCUGGAGGAGGAGGACGAGGAGUAUGCGAUGGAGGAUGAUUCGGAUCGCGAGAGUGAGGUUGACGGGGAUGAUGAGGAUGAUGAUGGUAACCAGGCAAAGGCGAUUUCUUCUUCCAACGGCGCCGCCGCCGCCGCCGCCACGACGUCGACAACCGGAUCGAACGGCAGGUCGGACGAAGAGGGACUCCAAGCGCGUUUGGACUACCUAGGCCUCUCCCACUGCCGCCUCCUGACUACAGAAGCCCUCCGCGCCAUCGGACACUACUGUAACCGCCACCUCCGCCGCCUCGAGCUCUCCGGCUGCGAGAGUUUUGGUGACGAGGGCCUCAUCAUCCUUGCCCAGAACUGUACCCGCCUCCGACUUCUCGAUCUCGAAGACGUCAACCUCCUCACCGACGCGUCCCUCCGCGCCUUUGGGAUGUACCUCCCCAAACUGGAACGGCUCUCAUUAUCCUACUGCGAGAACGUGACCGACCAGGGGAUCAUCCGUAUGUUGCGCCCGGCCUCCAACCCGACAACACUUUCGACCACCAACAAUACCGUCUUUGCCAAUAAUGCGGACAGUGCGGCUUCGUUGUGUUGUAGGAGGUUGGUGUAUCUGGAGUUGGAUAAUUGUCUGUUGAUUACGGACCGGUUGCUGUUGGAGUUUGCGAAUGUGUUGGAGGAGCGAAAGGUGUUGGCGAUUGAGAAGAUGAAGGAGAGGGAGAGGAAGCGGGAGGAGAGACGGGAGAGGAUUCGGCAGAAGAAGCGCAAGUCGUCUUUGAGUUUCCUUCGGUCUGCUUCGACCUCUUCUGCGAACGCUUCGUCUUCUGUUGUUAGUGAUGACCAGCAGCAGCAGCAGACACGGUCGACUUGUUUUGAGGGAGUCAACAUCUACCUUAACAGAAACAACAAUGGCGAGGAGGGAUCAACCGUUAUGGCCAGUGGCAGCGGCAGUGGCAGUGGCAGUGGCAUUGGAAGUGGCUCCUUCAUCGCUUCAAGACCUGUCAACAUCCCCGUCCGCCUCCGCAUGAACCCCUCCCUCGCCGCAGAAGCAGCAGGGCCUAGCAACGGCUGUUCCUUUGUCUCAUCCUAUACGUCCUCGCCCCUUCAACCCAGGAGCGUCCUCGCAUCGACCUCGAUCUCUGACGAAAUGGUCGUCAAGAAGACUCGUCCCGGUUUACGCAUCAUGGUCCCUACUCGGUCCUCUUCGACUACCUCUACGACUUCGACGUCUACUUCUUCAUCGUCCCUUGCACUCUGGCCAUCUGCCCUCCAAUCGCGUCGGCGUCGCCUUGCAGCAGCAGCUGCGGCAUCCAAGAACGGCAAGUACAUCCGUCCACGACCCAGGAGAAAACUAGUCCGCCCUACACUGCAGAUCUUUGACUGCAGGAACAUCACCCUCGAGGGCGUCGAAGCCGCACAACUCCGGUGCCCCUCCCUGGCCGUCAAGAGCUACUACUCCUGGUCCAACCCUUCGACCUCUGUCCCUGCAGCUUCGACAUUGGGCUUUGGAGGUAGUGGUGGGUCUCUAGAAGAAGCGUUUGAGGGCGAGCUUGAGGGGGAUGAAGAGGAUGAUGAUGAGGACGAUGAGGAUGGAUCAGGAGUUGCAGGUAGACGCCAUGGAUCGCGCCGCGGUACCAGCAGCGUUGGUGGUAAUGCGGGCUUGCAUGCUCAUGGAGGAGGAGGAAGUUCGUCGGGCAGUGCGAAUAGCUCACAGACCUCGUUGCAUCAUCUCCACAUGCAACAACAGCAUCUGCAGCUGUUACAGCUUCAACGGUUGAAUCGGUCUGCGAAUUUGCUCCAGCGCGCUCGAUUGGGGCUUUUGGGUGGUCAUGGAGGUGGGCAUGGACAUGAUGGACACCGUGAUUCGCAGUGCACCAUCCUCUAA